CCACCACCAUCGGCACCGACCGGGGUCAAUAGCUCAGGUGCAAUCGAUGGCGGCGGCGGCGGCGGCAGUAGUAGAAGCAGCAGUCGUCAACAGCAGAGCUCUCCCGAAACCGAUCCAAUAGCCAUCGAUCUUGCGGCACUGCAUAACACCAACAAUCUCGGCCAGUCGCUUGGUUCCAGUCCUACGUCGAAUGAUCGUGUCGCGGCGGCGCAAGCAGCUCCGGCUGAAAAACCGCUCAUCACACCGAUCCGACUCAAGCUGGCACGUAAUUCGGCAGGCGGUGGAUAUGUGAUGUCAUCCAAGGGCAGUGCUGGUGGUAGUGGAUCUGAGCGUUCGCUUCCAAACGUUACACCUCCGACUGUGCCCUCCGUUGGACCUAGCCCAAAUCGGACAGGAAUCUCACCAUCCACGGAAUCGUCCAACCCCAACCGGAGCGCGCUCAACCUGAGUUCACUCGAUCUGUCGGCGGCGGCAGGGGCAUCCGCAGCCAGCCGAAACAUGAUCGAUCGUUUGCUAACGGCCGCCGCCAGUAUGGCUAUGGCGGGUUCGCCGAGUGCCAGCAUUGCCGGCAAUACAACCAACGCCUACGAUCGACCAUUGUCCUCGAUAGAGCGGGAUGCGGGCGAUGGUAAACCGUCUGCCAAUCUGCCACCGUCAAUGUCCUUCAAAAGUUUGCUCGACUACGCAGCAAGCGCUGCCAACGCAAGCAACAUCAGCAACAGUGGAAAUACUUUCAGCACGGCAACAAUGAGUGAAUCCACCAGCUUUCUGUACGCCAACAGCAACACCACUAACACGAUCGCAGCAGCACAUCAACACCAUCAGCAGGUAUCGUUCAAUCCAUCGCCCGUCUCAAUGCUACCCUUAGCCGCCCGCCAACCUUCAACGAUAGCAACGCCACAACAUCCUCAUCUUCAUCAGCAACAGCAGCAGCAGCACCAUCAGCAACAGCAGCUCCAUCAGCAGUUGACAAACCAACAGUCACAGCAGCAGGAUCCGUCAGGAGGCAAUAGCAACAACACGACGGCAACAAACAGCAGCAGCAGCAACGGCACAAAGAAGGACUGUGAGGUGCGAUGACAGUACAUGCUCUAGGAGGUAGUCUAAUCGUUGAGUGUGUUCCAUUGGUUGUGGAGCCUCACUUUACGAGCAGUGCCACCAUAAUAUCGAUGAUCUUCUGGUCUUCCCUGGUUGGAUUUGUUAUGUUGGUUUUUAUUUCUUACAAUUUUAUCCUUUUUCGGUUGAUUUGCCAUUUUUGGUGAGGCUGGAAAGCCUUUUAUCCAAAUGUGCAAUAGGAUAUGGGUAACGGAAUUGAACCCGAACUCCGUUGCGUAUUGUCUAAUCAAAUUUUUAUUUUUAAUUAUAUUUCUGGAUCCAAUCGUUUUAAAACAUAACCUAUGUUCUAUAAGAAUUACAUUUUUUGUUCGUGGAUCCUGCAAAUGGUUUUGUUUAUUUCGUUUUUGUUGAUUGUUAAUCACCAUGCCCCUUUAAGUCAUUGUCAUCACCUCUAAGUCAUUAUUUGUGUCGUUGCACUUUGCGUGCAUCAUUUCCGUUGUGCUCGAACAGGACGAUGCCCAGCAUGCGAUAUGUGUAGGGUCAGCGGAAUGGAACAGACCACAACUUAGCUAAUACGUAUAUUACUUUGUGCAUAGUCCAUGCGGGAAGCGACACAGUUUGAGAUAUUUAAUUGUAUAAUAACACACACUCACACAAAUACACACGAGGGUAGUCUAUAAAAUUGUAGAACACAGAAAAUACAAACAACAAACUCCUUAGCGAAUAGUGUAAAUUAAUUUAAUCCUAAUUAGAUCAACCCACUACCAAGCAACAACAGGAGGGCGAUAAAUGAGCUAGGUGAUUUUGGCCGAUGAAGCCUACGGGAGCUUUCUGGAGUUCUCGUCCGUGAUUGAUUCGAUAAGAAGAGAAGGCUAAGUGACCGCCUAAGUCUCUUGGCAGAAGGUCUUCUCUUCAAGUAUUUUUUUGUAUCCAUCUGGCUGGUGUUAUUUAUUCUACAGAUCGUCAGAUUGAUUGAUAUUUUCGCUGUGAGUAUUUCGUGUUGUUUGUACAAAAUCUAACUCUGUUGCAUUUGUAUUUGUUGCAAAUGUAAUUUCUGUCUUCAAGAAUCCAAUUAAGGAAGUUCAAAUUUGCAAUGAACUUUACAUUUGAUUUGGCCUAGACAUUAUCUUCGAAUAGCAGACUAGAUUUCAUUACCUCUAUAGAAACGGAUACGAGGCUACAGCAGUUCAAUCGCUCACCGAUAUCUUAAGAAAAGGAAUCACAAACAUCGGAUAGCAUAUUAAAACAAUCGGCAUUAUCAGAAGGGUUUAUUGUAAAAACGAAAUCAAAAUAACCCGUCAAAACUUCAAAUAGUAACACGUAAUAGAGAACCAGGUCUCUGGAAUCCUAACAGAUCGCCGGGACUACAACAAAACGAUAAAAGGCCGGUAUAUGACUAACAUACAUGAAACACAAGAAGGAAACGAAAAAAAAAACUGAGAAA